AUGGCUAAAUAUAGAAGCGCUUUACCACAACUCUCCAAUAAAUUUUUUAUAACCAGUGGCGGUAUGGGGACUACACUUAUCUUUCAUGAGGGUAUGGAUCUUCCAUUUUUUGCUUCGUUCAUAAUAUUGAAGAAUGAAGUUAGAUGCGAGUGGCUGAAAAACUUCUAUCGCAAAUUUGUCGAUAUUGCCCGAAAAUACGAUGUUGGAUGCAUUUUGAAAACUCCAACAUGGCGUGCUAGUCCUGAUUGGAUUCUUAAGCUUGGCUUUGCCGAACAAGAUGUAGUUGAUAUGAAUCGCAAAGCCAUUGAAUUACUCUGUGACAUUCGAGAUGAAUAUGAAACAGAAAAAUGUCAAAUAGUUAUUAAUGGAUGUAUUGGUCCACGUGGCGAUGCUUAUAAUCUUACCACUACUAUGACGGUUGAAGAAGCUCAAGCAUAUCAUGCGAUACAAAUUGGCGUUUUGAGUCAAACAAAAGCGGAUAUGAUCACGGCCUUCACAUUGAACGAUCCCGAAGAAGCUGCUGGAAUGGUAAAAGCUGCCAAUGCAGUUGGUAUGCCAAUUGCAAUCUCAUUCACUGUCGAAACAGAUGGUCGAUUAGCGGGAGGAAAAACUCUAAAGGAAGCUAUCGAAUUCGUUGAUAAAGUUACUCAAAAUUCACCCAUUUAUUACAUGAUUAACUGUGCACACCCGACUAGCUUUGAACAUGUUUUGAUGCCCGAUGAACCUUGGACUACACGAAUUCAUGGUGUCAAAGGUAAUGCUUCAAAAAAGAGUCAUGCUGAACUUGACGGAUGUAAAGAACUCGAUUCUGGAAAUCCAAUUGAGUUCGGUGAAAACAAUCGAGCUCUACUAGGCAAGCUCAAGAACUUGAACGUUUUCGGUGGAUGUUGUGGAACAGAUUAUCGUCAUGUCGAAGAAAUUUGUAAGGCAUGCCUUGAUACGUUCAAUCAAAAGAAAGCAAGCUCAGCACGAUAA